UCCCCUCCCCUCCGCCCCCCGUUCCUGACGUCCUGAGCGCGGCUGCGGGAACACAAUGAGGCCCUGAGGAGCGCGGCUGCUCUGGCUGAGGAAACGGCUGCCGGCUUCCUCCGCGCAGCCCUGCCCUGGCCCCCGCAGCUCACAGCCUGGAGACCAUGGGCAUGUCUGCGGAGGACAAGCACGCCGCGAGCCCCAGAGGCGAGGAGUGGCCGGAAGCAGAGAAGGCUGAGAAGUUGGCCAGAGGAGCUGCUCUGAAAUGGGCUUCAGGGGUGUUUUACCGCCCCGAGAAACUGGAGGGGCUCGGGCAGUACCGGAACCGAGAGACACAGAGGAACCGCUCCAUCCAGUCCCGGCUGAAGUCAACUGUCCAGUCCUACCUGGAGGGGGUAAAUGCAGGGCUGGAGCAGCUGCGGUUGGCAGCCCAGGAGGUGCAGAGUGUGUGCCAGGACCUGGGGGCUGCGCGGUGGGCCCUGCUCGAUGGUGCAGACCGCUUCCAGGGCCUCCAGCAGAUGCGGGCGCUGAUGGCAGAGCACGUGCAGCUGGCCUCCGUGGUCCAGGUGCUGCCCCAGCUCUUCUCAGUCCACGAGGUUUUUUCCCAUACCCUGCAGCUGCUCCGUGAGCAGCACCUCCUGGAGGCCCACGCAGAGCUCAUGAUGAUGGAGCACCUCCGCGACGACAUCCUCUCCCAGCUGCACCUCCGUGGGCUCUCCAGUGCCCAAGCAACUGUGCUGUCCUACUUCGGUGGCCUGCAGGAGCUCAAUGAGAGCCUGGCCAAGCAGCUGUGGGACAUCGUGGGCAGCAGCCUGCGGCUGGUGCGUGAGGACCCAGUUCUCUUCGUCACUGCUGUAAGAAUCAUCGAGCGGGAAGAGAAAAUAGACGAUACGCUGCUCCUGGAGGCCACCUUCCUGCCCCCUGGCCGCCCAAAGGGCUGGAGGCAGAAGUUUUACCACGUUCUCCAGGACACCAUCACAGGAGCCCACUUUCAUGCUGACUGCAUGGACCCUGAGGGGCCAGGGCUGGCCAGGCACCUGGCAGCACUGCAGAAGGACAUCGUGUCUGAGCUGCGUGUGGUGAAGGACCUGAUGGUCCAGUGUGUCCCAGCUCACUACAACAUCCUCAGCGUCUGCACUGCCACCUACCACCAGGCCCUCACCAGCCACCUCCAGGACAUCCUCCGAGAGGAUCUGGACAAACAGGCACUUUUCCUUCUCCUCGAGUGGACGCUUCGUGUGUACCACAGCUCAGAGAUGAUGGGUCACCCUGACCUUCACCCAGAAGUGGAUGUUUCUGCUCUGGGUCCCUUGAUGUCCCCCGAGCUCGUGGAUCAGACAGAGAGGAAAUACGUGGUGAAAGUCAAGGCUAGUGUACUCGAGUGGAUGCAGAGGACCUUGGAGGUGGAGUUCAAGGAGUGGUUCAGGGAAGAGGAACCUGAAACAGACCAUCAGGGCUUCUUCCAGUCAGCCCUGCCCGUCAUUGUCAUGCAGAUGCUGAAUGAGAAUAUCCAGGUAGCCUCCUUGAUCACAGACUCUCUGCAGCAGAAAAUCUACAACAUGGCCUUGGAAGAGCUCGAAGCAUUUCUGGGCCGUCUGCGGGAAGCCCUCAUGCGGUGCGGGAAGGAGCACCAGAAGGACCGUACCAUACCCAAGUACUAUGUCUCUUACCUGCUGGCCAUGCUCAACAACAACCUGGCUCUCAGCUCCUCCAUCUCCUCCCUGCACCCCAACAUGGCCCACAGAGAAGUCCCCGCAUCCCUCCGGGCUGCUCUAGACAGGAUGCAGAAGAAAGCCUGCCAGCUGCUGCUGGAGGAGCUGCUCCUGGACCUGCAGCCCCUCUGCCUGCAGCUGCCUUCCCGCAAGUGGCUCUCGGGGACCCAGCUUGUCAGCAGCAUGUGUGAAGUGAUUGACAAGUAUGCAAAGGACUUCUCCCGCGUCAGGAAACCUGUCUUCACGCUCCUGCUGACGGAGAGUGAGUUCCUGGUGGCGAGCCAGUAUCUACGGGCACUCAUGCAGAAGAAGAUGGUGUGCAAGAGCAAGGAGGAGCGGGGCCAGCUCUGCGACCGCCUACUGCAGGAUGCCACGCAGCUCCGGGAGCUCUUCUGUGGCCUGGGCCUGGACCGGAGCCAGCAGAGCCUGGAGGCCGUUUUUGCCCUGCGGGAGCUGAUCUGCCUCAAAGACCCGACACUACUCAGCCUGGAGGUGCUGGGCUUCGUCACCAAGUACCCUGAUGUUAGUGAUGAGCACAUCUCCACCCUGCUGGAUCUCCGGGGCGACGUCUCCAAGGAGGUGCGGCACAUGGUGCUGGACAUGAUGACACAGCACCCCCAGGUCCUGCCUGAGAGCUACCGGCCCAUCUUCAGCACCAUCCUGGUCCCCCCGUCAGAGCUGCCCCUCUGCCUUCGCAAGGGCAAGUGUGCCUGACGCAGCGCCCCACGGCCCCACGGGCGUACAGACCACGCGGGACAUCUCCAAGGCUGUGCGUGGGGAGAAUGGAGGUGGCAUGUGGCAUCCCCUGCACGCGGCACCUUGCCCUGUGUUGGGGGCACUCUGGAUACGUGCCAUCCUCCUCUGGGCUUGCCUCACUGAGCCAACUGUCCCUUAUGAGCAUCAGUCCUGGAAGACCCAGGUCAGGAGAAAAUCAACCCGUAGCUAUUUAGCUGCCCCUGCUGAGGCAGUAAUUGAGGGCUGCUCCUCUCUGGCCUAUUAAUAGCCUGAAGAAGAAAGAGGAGCUGCAGGUCAGAGGACAGGAGUCUGCAGCUGGGGUGAGUCAGUCCCAUGUCUCCGUGGGGCUGCAGAGAUAUUUGGGUUUCCCCGAGUCUCCAGACAGCCCGCUGAGCCAGCGUGUCCCAGCCAUGGAGUCUGUUACCACUCCAGCUCCAAGGCAGAUCGGAGCCUUGCUAGAACCAGCCUUGCAGGAGGAUUUUAGCCAUGGGAACACUUCCUCUGUUUUGGCUCAGCCCAGAGGUCUGAUACUGCUUCUCCACCAGCCGCGGCGCUGCACAGAGCACGGAGAGCGGGUCAGGCAGCUCACCGUGUCUCACGGCUGCAGAGGAGAAUGGCACCAGGGGGCCUCGUAACCCUGGGUGGCGCCGUCAGCCCUGUCCUGGCUGGGGGGAAGAGGCAGCUCCAACUUCCUGCUGACCUGCCCGACUCCUGGCCAAACUCUUUGUCAGCAUCCAAGACAGGACUGGAGGCCAAACCUCUCAGAGCACAUGGUUGUGUCUGACGUGUGACAUCCUCCUGUCCCAGGGUUCCUCCACGAUGGUCAGCACCGCUCUGGAGGCUCUUCCUCCUCCUUUGCUGCUGUCCAGCACUUGGUCAUCUCCUCCCCAGGUGCCACGUGAAGACCAGGAGCAAAGCCUGUCUCUGCCUGCAUCCUUACAGCCAGCCCCUGCCGCACUCCACACUCUGCCAUGCUUCCUGCCUCGUGGCGGGCUGGAUCCUGCUGUCCCUGCCCACUGCCAGAAAUAAAGGCUCUGCCAUCACUCACCAGCAUCCAGGCUCUGCUCCCCAGUGAGUCAGGGAAUGGAUUGGGGCACAUGGGUGACACAGAGAGGGGGGGAUUGAUCCUCAUGCACAGCAUCACCCCAGGGAUGGCUCCCUACAUGCACUGCCACACCAUGAUCAUCACCUGGGGACAUG